AUGGCCCCGCAGGCUGCCAUCCACGCCGCUGACAUCGCCGAUGCCGCCCGCAGGAGCUUGCUGCUGCUGCUUGAAGGCAUUCGCGGCAAAAAGAACCUCGUCUUCGAGAAGGCCUUGUCCGGUCCGCUCAAUUUACUUCUUAAGUUCUCAACUCUGCAGGAGUACGGCGUGGACAAGCCUUUCUUCCUAGAGAACGGCAACGUCGACUCUUCCCAGCGCAAUGUUGUCUUCAUCGCCCGAGGGGAUAAGGCCAAGACCGCUCUCGCCAUAGCUGAACAAAUCAAGAAGCUCCGACAUAAUGACAUGGUAGAGCAUGAGUUUUCCGUGUUCUGGGUGCCCCGGAGGACUCUUGUAUCCGACCAGAUUCUGGAGGAAGCGGGUGUACUGGGCGAGGUCAGCGUGGCAGAAUGGCCGCUGAACUUUGUGCCUUUGUCCGAUGACCUGCUUUCUUUGGAGCUGGAAGAUUCGAUAACAGACCUUUACGUGCGCAAGGAUCCCACGCCCACAUUUCUGGCAGCAAGAGCCCUCAUGCAAUUGCAACAGCAGCAUGGUCUCUUCCCACGUAUAGUGGGCAAGGGUGAUAACGCUCGCCGCUUGGCCGACUUGCUCAUCCGUAUGCGCACCGAAGUCGUGGCUGGCUCGGGCUCAACAACAGACUCACCGUUAGGAUUGACACCUAGUAAUGUUCUGGACAGCUUGAUCAUCAUUGAUCGAGAAGUCGACUUUCCUACGGCCCUCCUGACUCAACUGACCUAUGAGGGUCUCCUGGAUGAAGAGUUCCACAUCCAAUCCAAUCAGAUUGAGGUUGACUCAUCCGUCGUUGGAACUGCAGGCGCAGGCACGUCGCAAGGCGGAGCCUCGUCUUCCGCUGCUCCCUUGAGGCGCAAGAUUGCGCUUGAACCCUCAGAUACCCUGUACGGCACUCUCCGAGAUAGUAAUUUCGCGACCGUUGGUCCGCUGCUCAACAAGGUAGCGCGGCGCCUUCAGUCAUCAUACGAGAACCGCAACAUCCAGCAGAAGUCGACUGCUGAGCUCCGAGACUUUGUCCAAAAGCUUCCCGGCUUCCAGCAAGAACAAGCCUCUCUCAAACUUCAUACCAAUCUCGCCGAAGAGAUCAUCAAGCACACUCGCUCAGACAUCUUCUCGCGCAUACUCGAAGUUCAGCAGAAUUUGGCAGCCGGCGCAGACCCUAGCAGUCAACACGAUAACAUCGAAGAGCUGAUUGCCCGCGGAGUGAAGAUCGAAACCAUCCUACGCCUGCUCUGCCUCGAGAGCUCCCUGCACGGCGGCAUCAGACCGCGCGAUCUUGAGAAUUUCAAGCGCGCCGUCCUUCAUGGCUACGGUCACCAACACCUCCUGACGCUCACCUCUUUGGAGAAAGCAGGCCUGCUCGUGCCCCGCAGCGGCGGUCUCGGCGUUGGCGCGAACUUGGGCGGUGUCGGCGGCGUUGCUGCUAGGGCGAAUGCAGUGACGAACUACAACUCGGUGCGGCGGUCGCUGUCGCUGAUCGUCGACGAGGUCAACGAGUCCGAACCGGACGACGUCGCCUAUGUCUUCUCCGGCUACGCGCCGUUGUCGGUGCGACUCGUGCAGUGCGUGCUGCAGAAAGACUACAUCAAUGCUCUGGCCUCGGCUCGCCCCGCGGCUGCUGGCGCCAACGCAGCGCAGGCAGCUAACCAGCAGCAACAGCAUCUAUCAGGCGCCCUCGCCAAUGCCCAGGGCUGGCGCCCCUUUGAAGACACGCUCCGGUACAUCCGUGGCGCCACUGUCGACGAGGUGCAGGCUGGCGAGGAGAAGGCUGUCAGAGCGAGGCAGCUGCUCAAUGGAAGUGGCGGCAAUGCCGGCGAGGGCAAGACGGUCGUGGUUUUCUUCUUGGGCGGCGUGACGAGGGCGGAGGCUUCGGCUCUACGGUUCGUGGCCAAGUGCUUAGCUGAGGAGGGAAGAGGUAGAAGGCUGGUUGUGGCUACGACGAGCGUCAUCACCGGCGAUAAGGUUGUCGGCAGCGCAGUGGAGAAGGGCUCGUUGGGUGGACCUGCUUGA